AUGAACAUCGAACGAUGGAAACGUAGGUCGGCCUCUGUGCUUUCCUUGAACUUGCCAGCGACAAACCAUUACGAUGCCAAGUCGCAAUCUCAGCCUACCGAGAGCAAGGCUCCUCGGGUUCUUACCCGCGCCCUUCGGUCGUUGAGUAGUUCGAGCAUGGACUCUAUAACCGCGACCUCUACUAGAAGCAAUUCCACGCGCAAGCUACAGAAGACACCGUCUUCGGGUUCUUCUUCCAUGAUCGAUCGCCUUCAGAAACGGGUAUCCAAGGACUCCCCUAUAACCGAUCGCCCAGGAAGCCCAACCGAGCAACUACAACCGUACUCAGCAAUGGAAGUGCUUCACUGCGGAUCACUCAAGACUGAUGUCUCGCUUCUCAAAGCGAAAUCUGAAUAUUUGGUCCUAUCGGAUCAGGUAUUGGUAAAGUUCAACAACGGGGACUCUGCCCGCACCGCUUUCCCGCAACUCCUUGGAACUUCCCCUGACGGCCACAAUACAUUACCAUGUCACCACACAACCAGCAAACUUUCUUCUGGCGACGUGCGUCUGGAAAUUUCGCUCCGCUCAGUCGUUGCGGCCUUUAAUGAAGACAGCGCCGGCAAUCGAUCUGGUAUCGAAAUCUGGUGGUUUUCGCCGUGGCCAAAGCUGGCAUACUCCAAGGCACACUUCUAUUUUUCCUCACCCAAGGAGCGAGAUCUUUGGCUGGCUUCAAUUCAUCGCGCAUUUAGGGCAAAGCUCAGAAAAUCAUCCAGCAGUGCAUUGAUAUCGGAUAACUUGAGGAGUCGUAUUGAUCAUAUUGUCCGAGCUGCUGAGGGGUCCGCCGACGCUGGGUACCAGAGCAUCAUCUUCCCAGUUGCAAGACGGGUUUUUGGAGGGAGUAUGAAGGGUAGCGCAACGGAGGAGGCACCUGAUAAUUCAGAUAUCUCGUCCUUCUUCCUUAUCAUAGGACCAUGUAUGUGUCAUUUCGUGGAGGUCCUGAAGGCUGACCAUGCUACUCCCCCUGGCGACCUGCGUGUAAAAGCCAUUUCCUACGGCACUGUUACCUUGACUCGCUUCAAAGCGUCUGUGGCAUCACACGAGCAUCGAUUCGUCAUGUGUUUCAGAUCUCCGUUUGGCCGCGAGACGAGAAUUGAUCUCGCCAGCUCCCAGUAUCGGCGUAUCAUCGAAACACUGACGAAAGCAGAUCGAAUUCUGAAGCCCAUGUGGCCACAGCAUUUCCAGCAGGUUAUAUUUGAUAUCAGAGGCCUUCCGCCCCCUCUGCAGCUGACAUCUGGGAAUGAUCUUGGCGGAUUAAAGCGAAGUCUGGAAGCAUAUUGUGCUGCGUAUCAAGUUCAAGUACCAAAUUGGACCAUUGACUGGAGUCCUCCGCCCCAACCUGCUUUUCGAUUGUUGCCUUCCAAUGGCCGGGCGUACUCCCCCAUGCAGCUUCUCGCAGUCUUCCGGGCUUUGCGAUACAAUAGCUUCUUCAAAGCCAUCUCUUUUCGCGGCGUGGAUCUCUCUUCUCUCGUCGGUAAGAACGACAAGUCAAAGUACGGGGAUUCUCUUGCCUACAAAUCCCUGAACGGUGUGACGAUAUCUGAAGAGCACCACGAAAUUCUUCUCCAGUCGCCGAUUCUGGAGCAGGAGAUCCACGCCCUACUCUUCGCAUCAGAAUCCAUUCGGAGUCUGGAUAUGUCCAAUGUGUUGGGUCUGGGGGACAGGGCAAACAGGCUGAGUCGAUAUCAAUAUGAUUUGACAAGUCUCAGUAAGACGACGUCGGAGAUCCUGCGACCGUUCUUGGAGUUGUGGCGACGGCAACUUUGCAUUUGUCACAGCAUCUCCUUGUCCGGAAACCCCAUUGCCCUAGAUGACUUGGAUGAAUUCGCCGAUCUUUUGACUAUGGACCAGGUUCAUCUCCGUAGGAUCGACCUGUCCAAGUGUUCGCUAGGCGAUGCUGGACUGUCAAAGUUAUGGGUUAGCCUUGCUGGCCAAGCAGAUUCUCUAGAGUGGAUAAACACAUCGAACAACCAAGGAGUUGUGCGUUUUGAAAUUAUCCAAAGCACUCUGAGCGGAUUGAGGAGGCUUUCCAAGCUGGAAAUUGCUGGAAACACCCGUAUCUUGUCAGAGGAGUCUUUAUUCGACGAGUUGACAAUGCAAGCUUGGCAACUCCAGGAGCUAGACCUCUCCGGGAUCAUGCUUAACGAUGCUACGGUGGAUGCCUUGUCGAAUUAUUUACAGACUGCUACUUCGGGGAGCCUUCAUACGAUGCGCCUCAACAACUGCGGACUGACUGGCGUGCAGCUUGCACGGCUCUUUUACGCCAUGGGUCGAGCGAGGCCAGUAGAACUUUACAUCAAUGGCAGCCGUCUGGAUGAAGGAGUGGAUGAUUUGUGCAUGGCCAUUGCUGAAGGGUAUGGCCCUUGGUGUCUCUUUGUCCAAAUGGUUGAAUUUGCCAUGGAAGCCAAUUACAUCAAGCUUCUCAAAGCCCUGACGGUCAACACGUCGAUCGAGUGCCUCAGUCUCGCCGGGACAUCGACGCCAGACGCCGCUAGUAGUGCGGCGUGUCAAGCAAUCGCAGAUUUCUUUGCCAAAAAUUGCACGGUUCGUUUCUUGGAUAUUUCUGGCUUCGAUUCAAGACUGGACGAGGGUAGGCUUGGGCGAGAAUUUUCCAAGGCACUCAUUAGCUUACGGACAAACGAGAGCAUCGAGCAUCUUCGGGUCCGCAGCCAGAUGCUCAACAUCAACAUUGGGGACUUGGCAGAGGCUAUCUCCGAGAAUAAGACUCUCCACACCCUUGACUGCGAAGGGAAUGAUUUCAAUCUUUCCAAUUAUCGACACCUCGUCUCCUCCCUGGACCAAAACACCACUAUUCGAUACUUUUCCGCAUUUUCUGCAGAAGAGCUCAAUAAGGCAACCUCCAAGUCAGUAGAAACUGCUGUAACUGGUGCACCUGCCCGUCGGCCAUCAGUAAUUUCCAGAUUCAAGUCGGAUAAAGUUGCGAACGGGAGUACCAAGCCGCUGGUGCAGCGGCUGAAGGAUGAAUGGGACACAGUGGCAUCAGACUUGGCGCGAAUUCUUCGGCGAAACCAAAUCCUGUUUGAUCACGAAAACACAGCUGAGCCAGAUGAGAGCUCUUCUCAGGAGUACCACAGAAAUAGUAUCACGGAAGUGGCCUUCUCCACGGCCUUUGGGGGAUUGCCCCUCAAGGACCUCCAGAGCCAACGAGCAAAGGGUGUUCGCAGCUCUCAGGACCCGCAACAGGCGGUUUCUGGAGACCUGGCUGUUCGGCGGCAUAGUCGGUAUGGGUCGAUCGGGUCGCGGGAGCUGGCGACGCGGCCGGUGUCUAUGAUAUCUAGCGAGAUUGCCGCCAGCCCGUCGACUGAGGAAGACAGCAACGGGUCAAGUGGCGCGCCAACACCUCCGGAAUUUGAAAGCCCCAUUGAAGAAGAGUUUGGUCUGGCGGCCGAAAUUUUUGCAUCGACAAUCUUUGACGAGCAGAAUUAUACCUACUCUGAUGGGCAUGAUGCCGACGAUGGACUGCAAAUGAAGAGACAUAGGCGAUAUAUGGGCGACCCGACGAGCCGCAUCGACGAGGAGGAUGGCGCAAAUGAUGCAGAGUUGCCAUGA